GUCUCUCAACACAUUCCAGGAAUGCCCCCUGACAUCGACGGGUCGAGUCCCACUCGUUUCGAUUAUAGACAGAUAGAUGUAUAAUAAUUCAAUUCAAUGGAGCUUAAAAGGAUAGUUCAUUGAUUUUGAAGUGGUGUAUGAGUUGCUUAUGCAAAAUGGUCGGAGCUGUUCAGAGAAUAUCGUCGACAUGAUUGACAUUGACGAAGACAACUUUGCUAUAUCCAGUUCCUCACCUGCAUUUGCAGCUUUUGAUGCUGUCAUUGGCUGCAUAGAGGACAUCAUCAUGGAGGGUGAGUUUCAGCAGCUUCAGCAGAACUUCAUGGAGAAAUACUACCUGGAGUUUGACAACACUGAGGAGAUAAAACUCAGCUACACGCCCAUCUUCAAUGAAUAUGUUGAUCUGCUGGGCAAACGCCUGGAGCAGCAGGUGAUGGAGCGAAUCCCCGGCUUCAACAUGGACAAGUUCAUAGAGCUGCUCACGCAGCACAAAGAGGAGGUCAUGGAUAACAUCUUUGACCUGCUGCUGACGUUCACAGACCUCACGGCGUUCAAGGAGACGUUUCUGGAAUACAAAGCUGAGAAGGAGGGCAGAGGCCUGGACCUGAGUCAGGGACAGGUGGUCACACCUAUGAUCCCCGAGGGCUCCGAUCACAUCGACUCCACUGAGUCACAGUGACACUGGCAUGAUAGAAAUGUUAAAAGAAAAAAAGAUUGCGAUUUGUGUGCUAAAAACCAAUUUUGUGACAUUUCGAAUUCUUAUUUUUGUUUCAAAUUGUUAAUGAAACCAAAUUGCAUGACCAAGCCCUGCAAAAUCAUUCAGACUAUGCUGGAAUGAUUUGUGAGAGAUAACAUGCAUCUGUCAGUGUGACAAAUGACUGCUCUGUUUGCUACCUUGUGUUUUCGUGGUGAACCUUACACAUGCAAGUGAAAGAUAUUAUACGGUUGUCUCUAUGUUUGGAGAUGAACUUCAUGAUUGUAAAACAAAUAAGUUGUGAGCUGUAUUUAAAACAACAAGAAUUCUGCCCCAGAGUCCCCCAAGAUGUGUUCUUUUUUUUCUGACAAAUUGUUGUUUCCUGGGUUGUGAUUUUUGUAAUAAAUGUUGUGUUCACGUGA